AGUCCACCAAAUUCACACAUUGUCCAUUUCCACCACCACUCGCUCACGCUCUCUGUGCUUGUUGAAUGCUUUUUUUCUCUCUUUUCCUAUUUCUUGCUCCAACCCAGUGCCCAAAAAGGUCAGCGCAUGAAAUUCUAUGUUUUAUGUUUCAAUUUGGGAUUUUGAGGGAAUUCUCUUGCUUCUGGAAUUCUAAAAGAAGAUUGCUGAUUUGGAAUUCUGAGGUUGAUGAAGCACCAGAGAGGCGAAAUAUUGAGAAAUGUUAUGUGGUUUGCUUUUGAUCUUUUAUGAAUGAUUUUGGGGCGAAUACUGACGCUACUCUCUUCAGGGUCGUUGAGAGUUGGAGAAAUCUUUUGAAGACUAAUUUGGAAACUGGUUUUUUGAAGAGAUGGCUUUUUGUGGGGCUGUUCUUGCUUUGGACUUGAAACACAGUGCACUAUCAUUUCGAGGCAGCGAGUUCGUGGGUAACAGUUUCAGACUUCCUUGUACGAAUUCUGUUAAAAUAAGGCCAAGCAGGGGUGCCUGCCCUUUGAAGGUUGUUUGUGUGGACUAUCCAAGGCCAGACCUCGAGAGUACUCAAAAUUUCAUAGAUGCUGCUGUCUUAUCUUCAUCAUUUCAAACCUCUCCAAGGCCAACUAAGCCACUGAAGGUUGUAAUUGCUGGUGCAGGUUUGGCAGGUUUAUCUACUGCAAAAUAUUUGGCAGAUGCAGGUCAUGUUCCCAUAUUAUUGGAAGCAAGAGAUGUUCUAGGUGGAAAGGUCGCUGCAUGGAAAGAUGACGAUGGAGACUGGUAUGAGACAGGCCUACAUAUAUUCUUUGGGGCUUACCCAAAUGUGCAGAACCUCUUUGGAGAACUCGGUAUAAAUGAUCGGUUGCAGUGGAAGGAGCAUUCUAUGAUUUUUGCAAUGCCAAACAAACCGGGAGAAUUUAGUCGAUUUGAUUUCCCAGAAAUCCUUCCUGCACCCUUAAAUGGGAUAUGGGCAAUUUUGAAGAACAAUGAAAUGCUGACUUGGCCAGAGAAAGUGAAGUUUGCCAUAGGACUCCUACCAGCAAUAGUUGGUGGGCAGGCCUAUGUUGAGGCUCAAGAUGGGCUCUCUGUUAAAGAGUGGAUGAAAAAGCAGGGUGUACCUGAAAGAGUGACUGCUGAGGUGUUUAUUGCCAUGUCAAAGGCGCUAAACUUCAUUAACCCAGAUGAACUAUCAAUGCAAUGUAUUUUGAUUGCUCUGAACCGAUUCCUCCAGGAAAAGCAUGGCUCAAAGAUGGCUUUCCUAGAUGGUAAUCCUCCAGAGAGACUCUGCUUACCCAUAGCUAAUCACAUUCAGUCGCUGGGUGGGGAAGUUCAGCUUAAUUCACGGAUAAAGAAAAUUGAGCUCAAUGAUGAUGGGACAGUGAAGAGCUUCUUACUAAAUAAUGGAAAUACAGUUGAAGGAGAUGCUUAUGUUUUUGCCACUCCAGUUGAUAUCCUGAAGCUUCUCUUGCCUGAUAGCUGGAAGGAGAUACCAUAUUUCAAGAGAUUGGAGAAAUUGGUGGGAGUUCCAGUUAUCAAUGUCCACAUAUGGUUUGACAGAAAAAUGAAGAACACAUCUGAUCACCUACUUUUUAGCAGGAGUCCACUUCUGAGUGUCUAUGCAGACAUGUCAGUUACAUGCAAGGAAUACUACAACCCAAACCAAUCAAUGCUAGAGUUAGUUUUUGCACCUGCAGAAGAAUGGAUCUCUUGCACUGACACAGAAAUUAUUGAUGCUACCAUGAACGAACUUGCGAAACUCUUUCCUGAUGAAAUUUCUGCAGACCAGAGCAAAGCAAAAAUAUUGAAGUACCAUGUUGUUAAGACACCAAGGUCUGUUUAUAAAACUGUCCCAAAUUGUGAACCCUGCCGCCCUUUACAGAGAUCUCCCAUAGAUGGAUUCUAUUUAGCCGGUGAUUUUACCAAACAGAAGUACUUAGCUUCAAUGGAGGGUGCUGUUCUUUCAGGAAAGCUUUGCGCACAGGCCAUUGCACAGGAUUAUGAGUUACUUGCCACUCAUGGACAAAGAACUUUGGCAGAAGCAAGCAUUCGAUAAUCUCACCGGGGAGGUAGUUUUGCAAUAGCAGCCUCGAGUCCCUUAGAUAUUGAUUAUGAAUUGGUUACAUUAUACAGGUAACAUGUCAAUAAAGAAAAGAAGGGGCAGUGUAUGAAGUUCAGCUUGUAAUACUCUUUAUAAAUUGUGAUGUAUUCUUUGUUCACAAUAAACUCCCUUACUUCAAAGGCAUGCCAACUUCUCUCUUUUUAGAUAUGGAAGUAGAAGCAAACAGAGAGAGAGUGUGGAAGAGUUUGCAGCAAAUAUCCAUAGAAGUAUAUGUAUUUCAACUCGGUAUUAAGUAAAUUAUUUAGAGUUUAUUUCCAAGUUUAGUUUGGGGUUUGUAUCGUGAGAAUGAAACGAAUAAAUAAGAAAUAGUUGAGUGUGUACUCAUCUCAAGUUUGUAUCA